AUGCAGAAUCCAAUUGUUGUGAACAUAGUAUCAGUUGUUGUUUUAAACAUUUUCAUCAGAUCUAUCGAUGGAGCAGGACAGUUUUGUCCAUAUGGGGGUGUGCAAGUGCGCAGCACGUGUGUUUUAGUUGUACCGAACGCCGAGAAACUAACAUGGCGGGACGCAAGGCAAAACUGCGAGAAACGAAACGCCAGCUUGCUGAUUGUAAAAGACAUAGAUUUCCUGCGGGAGUUGAGCAGGACUGCAGCCCUAAGCCAAGAACAAUACUGGGUGGGAGCGAGAAAACUAAAGAGUUGGUACUGGUUGAACGACACAAAACCGAUAGGGUGGUACAAGUGGGCCCCCGGGGAGCCCAAUGACUUGAAAGGCGGUGAAAAUCGUUUGAACAUGAUGUCCAAAUUUUUCUACGACUGGAAUGACGAGCAGGACACCAGAAUACAACGAGACAAUGACGAGGACAGAUACAGGAUGCCAGCAGGGGCCAUUUGUCAGUUUGUUGGUCCAUGCAACAGCCGGAUAAAACACGAAAAUGACACUUACCCAAGAACAACCUUCCAAAACAAGACCUGUUUCCUGUUGAUAAAAAGCAACAAUGACUGGAACACAUCUCAGAACAUGUGCCAGAACACAUUUGGUCACCCUGGGAAUCUGGCUAGAAUUGAUGACUUGGAGACCCACGAAUUCCUGGUGAAAUUCAUUAAUGAGUCAGGGUACAGUGCUAAUUACUGGCUGGGUGGAUGGUGGAACCGGAACAAGAAGAGCAUCUUCUGGUGGCUGAAUGGUGCAUCUGUAGAAGAUGAUCUGUGGGCGACAAACCAGUCGUCUGCUACUGGGGAAUGUGCACAGAUAGUGAAGACCUCAAACUAUUCCCUGUGGGCUCAGAACUGUGACCAUUCUGGCAAACAUUUUCUUUGUGAAUACGCUUUACCGUGCCCAGACCCCGCGAUGGAACACAGCAUCAAAGUAUUCGAGUCAACGACCGACUUAAGAAGAGCGCACUUUGUGUGUGCGCCCGGGUACAGGUUUAAUUCCAGCACCUCAUUCACCAUAGAAUGUUUUCCAAACGGCAGGUGGAACAGCUCAGUGGGAUGUCAGAGUAUAAAAACAACACAGCCCCUGCAACUAAGUAGCCCCUUNCAAACAACCAACAACUGCAGCUCUGCAGCUAGCUGUACCAAUACCAACGGUGGCUAUACCUGCUCUUGUAAUUCUGGGUACACCGGUGAUGGCUACAACUGUAAUGAUAUUGAUGAAUGCAAAACAACCAACACCUGCAGCUCCUCAGCUAGUUGUACCAAUACCAACGGUGGGUAUGCCUGCUCUUGUAAUUCUGGCUUCACCGGUGAUGGCUACAACUGUAAUGAUAUUGAUGAAUGCCAAACAACCAACAACUGCAGCUCCGCAGCUAGCUGUACCAAUACCAACAGUGGCUAUACCUGCUCUUGUAAUUCUGGCUUCACCGGUGAUGGCUACAACUGUAAUGAUAUUGAUGAAUGCCAAACAACCAACAACUGCAGCUCCUCAGCUAGUUGUACCAAUACCAAUGGUGGCUAUACCUGCUCUUGUAAGUCUGGCUACACCGGUGAUGGCUAUAACUGUAAUGAUAUUGAUGAAUGCCAAACAACCAACAACUGCAGCUCCGCAGCUAGCUGUACCAAUACCAAUGGUGACUAUACCUGCACCUGUCAACGUGGUUUCAUAGGAGAUGGGCACAUAUGUAGCAUAAACUCCACAAGCACCAGGACAGAUGAGAGAACUACGAUAUCAUUGACUGCCGUCGAGGUAAAUGGAACCACUUCGGUAAUAAACGAAGACGCAUUUGCUUCCGUCAGAACGCAAGAUGUAUCUAAGGUUCGGCAGCUGUUGGUGACAUUUGGAGUCCCUGGGGUUCUGCUGGUCAUUGUUCUCUCUCUGGCCUGGGUCAUAUACAGGAAACACAGCAAAAGGAAACCUGGGGAUGGCUGCCACACAGAGAGUAUCUACACCACUGUAGAGAACCCCACGUAUAACGUGACACCUGACAGCGAACAGGAGACCACGUCACCUGUCAACACAGUAAUGAAAGCUUUUCAAGGCUCCCGUCCCUUUCUAGAAGACUCUAUGCCGUCACCGACAGUCAGCCAGUUCCAGAAUACGACCGCUGGGUUGUCCAUAGAGACAGUAGCCCCCGGGGUGCCUUAAAACUGGCAUGAGUCUAUCCAGAUCUGAAUACUCAUUCCAGCUAAAACUAGGUGAAAAGUCGUACUAGAUGACUAACGAUACGGCCUACAGAUACAUGCACGAUUUUUAUCAAAGUGAUAUCUAUUGGGAAGAUAGCUAUCUGUGUUAACUCCUUGUACAAAGGAAACUUAAAUACCAGCUUCUACAAACUAAUACAAUGUGUCUGUGUACUGUUGCCGAGACAUGAAUGAGGGAGCGGAGGAGGGAGGAAAAUGGUAUUUGUCACCAAGACUUUUUUAAACAUUAGUAGAAGUGAAACUCCAAUUCUUUUGCCAACCUUGCAAUAAGGGCAAUGAAAAUACAUGUCUGUAGGCACAUGUUUAUGACGUGGGAAUCUAUGCAUUGUUGUAUGUGUGAUAUUUAUAAAA